AUGCGUUUGUUUUGAGCUGUGCAAGAGAAACGUGGAGAGUGCGCUACUGUUUCGGAUUCUUCUCCUUCACCAUGAUCAUCCCCGUGCGUUGCUUCACUUGUGGGAAAAUUGUUGGGAACAAAUGGGAGGCGUAUUUAGGACUUCUUCAAGCAGAGUAUACAGAAGGUGAUGCUCUUGAUGCUCUGGGUUUGAAGAGAUACUGCUGUCGCCGGAUGCUUCUAGCCCAUGUGGAUCUUAUUGAGAAGUUGUUGAAUUAUGCACCUCUGGAGAAGUGAUGAGCUUUCAGCGCAGUAGAAGAUGGACCUCUGCUCAAAUUCUUAUAUUUGUAUUGACUCAGUGAACAUAAUGGAAGAGAUACAGUCAUGGCAUCAGAGCCAUACAUGGCCUUUUCUGUAAACUACAUCUGAAGCAUGCUUGUGAUGUUGGAUUUUUGAUUACUUUUUGUUAAAUAAAGUUUGAAAUGUAUAUGUUGUAGAUUUCAUUACGUUUAUAAUCUCAUGAUUGCUUAGAGUAUGUAUAACUUGAAUACCUCUUUUGCGUCCUGUGUUUAAUCAACGUUUUUUAAGAAAUAUGGUCUUCCCAACUGUACUAUCUUGACAUCUUUAAUAAUGUAAAUGUUUGUACAUAAAAACAAAUCAAAGGAAUCGAUCAUGAAUUAGCUUAUUUACUCACAUGUAUUUUUGAAACCCAUAUGAUGUUAUUUUUUCCAUGCAACACCAA